GCGCUGAUGCACCGAAAUGGAGCCCUCUGCUUUUGACUAAAAGAGAAGAAGAAAGAAGAAGCCCACCGAUUCAGCGGAGCAUCAUGGCGGACACCAGAGAGAAAGCGUUGCAAGAUUACAGGAAAAAAUUACUAGAACAUAAAGAAGUAGACGGACGAUUAAAAGAAUUGAGAGAACAGUUAAGGGAGCAAACCAAACAGUACGAGAAGUCAGAGAAUGAUCUGAAGGCACUUCAGAGCGUCGGACAGAUUGUUGGAGAGGUGCUGAAACAGCUCACCGAGGAGAAAUUCAUUGUCAAGGCCACCAACGGUCCUCGAUAUGUGGUGGGAUGUCGCAGACAGCUGGACAAGUCCCAGCUGAAGCCAGGCACCAGAGUGGCUCUGGACAUGACCACACUCACGAUCAUGAGGUACCUGCCCAGGGAGGUGGACCCCCUGGUGUACAACAUGUCCCAUGAAGACCCUGGUAGCGUCUCCUACUCUGAGAUCGGAGGACUGUCGGAACAAAUCCGUGAGCUGAGAGAAGUGAUUGAGCUUCCUCUGACCAACCCUGAGCUGUUCCAGAGGGUGGGCAUCAUUCCUCCUAAAGGCUGCCUGCUGUAUGGACCUCCAGGAACUGGAAAGACUCUUCUAGCCAGAGCUGUGGCCAGUCAGCUGGACUGUAACUUUCUUAAGGUGGUGUCCAGCUCCAUUGUGGACAAGUACAUCGGAGAGAGCGCCAGGCUCAUCAGAGAGAUGUUCAACUACGCCAGAGACCACCAGCCCUGCAUCAUCUUCAUGGAUGAGAUCGAUGCCAUCGGAGGACGUCGGUUCUCCGAGGGAACAUCAGCCGACAGAGAGAUCCAGAGGACUCUGAUGGAGCUGCUGAACCAGAUGGACGGUUUUGACACACUACACAGAGUCAAGAUGAUCAUGGCCACCAACAGGCCAGACACCCUAGACCCGGCCCUGCUGCGGCCCGGAAGACUGGACCGGAAAAUCCACAUCGAGCUGCCGAACGAGCAGGCCCGCCUGGACAUCCUGAAGAUCCACUCCAGUCCCAUCACCAAGCAUGGAGAGAUAGAUUUUGAAGCCAUCGUGAAGCUCUCUGAUGGUUUUAAUGGAGCUGAUCUCAGAAACGUGUGCACAGAAGCAGGACUGUUUGCCAUCAGGUCCGAUCGAGAGUACGUCACUCAGGAAGACUUUAUGAAAGCGGUGAGGAAGGUUGGCGACUCAAAGAAGCUGGAGUCCAAGUUGGACUACAAACCCGUAUAAACCCACUCCUCCUGUCCCUAAAACUUUGUUUUUUUAUGCUUCAAAACCUGCGAAGUUUGUUUGUGGGAAGCAGCAGAUCUCCUCCUCCCCGUCGCCAACAUGACAAAUCAGAGCAAAAACUGCUUGUUUCAUUCUGGUCCACUUGGUUGUUUGUAUCACCUCUGAAAUGUAAUAAAAUAUAUCAUCUAAGUUCUGA